AACAGCGAGGAGGGAAGGGGACUAGGGCCGGCAUUCGGGAUUCGUGAGGGCGGCUGCUGUAGGCUCUGAGCGAGUGCUGCCGCCGGCUCUGAGCGAGUGCUGGUGUCUCCCGCCUGGGCCUGUGUCCGGGCCUGGCACCGCUUCCCCGCGGUCGCUCUCUCGCGUCUCUUCCGGGGUACACUCAGGCCCGGGUCUUAGGUUAAUAAAAAGGAAAAAAAGCCAAAAUGGCCUCAGGUGCGGUAGCGAACGCCCCUCCUGCAGGAGGGGCAAAUGAUGUGAGCCUGGAGGAACCAAAGAAGAUGACGAGGGAAGAUUGGAGGAAGAAGAAGGAGCUAGAAGAACAGAGAAAACUAGGAAAUGCACCUGCUGAAGUGGAUGAAGAAGGAAAAGAUAUCAACCCUCAUAUUCCUCAGUACAUCUCCUCGGUACCAUGGUACAUAGAUCCUUCUAAAAGACCCACGCUAAAGCAUCAGAGACCUCAGCCAGAGAAGCAGAAACAGUAUAACUCCUCUGGAGAUUGGUACAAACGAGGAGUUCAGGAGCACGCUGUGGCCACAAGGUACCGCAAAGGAGCCUGUGAGAACUGCGGGGCACUGACACACAAAAAGAAAGACUGCAUGGAGAGACCCAGGAAAGUUGGAGCAAAAUAUACAGGCAUGAAUAUUGCCCCAGAUGAACAUGUGCAACCUCAGCUGAUGUUUGAUUACGAUGGGAAACGAGACCGGUGGAAUGGUUAUAACCCAGAGGAGCACAUGAAAAUUGUUGAGGAAUAUUCCAAGGUUGAUUUGGCCAAACGUACCCUUAAAGCCCAGAAGCUUCAGGAGGAAUUGGCAUCAGGGAAGCUGGAGCAAGUGAACUCCCCAAGACACCAGUGGGGAGAAGAGGAAUCAAAUUCACAGACAGAAAGAGAUCAUAACAGUGAAGAUGAAGAUGAAGACAAAUAUGCAGAUGACAUUGAUAUGCCUGGGCAGAACUUUGACUCUAAAAGACGCAUCACGGUCCGAAAUUUACGUAUUCGGGAAGAUAUUGCUAAAUACUUGAGGAAUCUAGAUCCAAACUCUGCUUAUUACGAUCCCAAAACAAGAGCAAUGAGGGAGAACCCUUAUGCCAACACAGGCAAGAAUCCAGACGAAGUUGGUUAUGCGGGUGACAACUUCGUUCGCUACACAGGCGAUACCAUUUCAAUGGCACAGACUCAGCUGUUUGCCUGGGAGGCUUAUGACAAAGGCUCUGAAGUUCAUCUUCAAGCGGACCCUACAAAAUUAGAACUCCUUUAUAAAUCUUUCAAAGUGAAAAAAGAAGAUUUCAAGGCACAGCAGAAAGAAAGCAUCCUAGAGAAGUAUGGAGGACAAGAACAUUUAGAUGCCCCUCCUGCUGAACUGCUGUUAGCUCAAACAGAAGAUUAUGUGGAGUAUUCUAGGCAUGGAACAGUCAUCAAAGGACAGGAGAAAGCUAUUGCUUGUUCUAAGUAUGAAGAGGAUGUGAAGAUCAACAACCAUACAUGCAUUUGGGGCUCAUAUUGGAAAGAAGGCAAGUGGGGUUACAAGUGCUGUCACUCCUUUGUCAAGUACUCCUACUGUACAGGAGAAGCAGGGAAAGAAAUUGCUAAUGCAGAGGCAAGUUUAAUGGAAGAGCAGCUUGAGGAAGAAGAACACAUGACAAAACCCAAAACACUGAUGGAGAUUCACCAAGAGAAACAGAAAGAGAAGAAAAAGAAGAAGCACAAGAAGAGCUCAAAUUCUGAUAGUGAGGGUGAAGAGAAAAAGAAGCAAGAAAAACUAAAAAAGGCACUAAAUGCUGAGGAGGCUCGACUUCUCCACAUCAAAGAAAUCAUGCAGUUAGAUGAGAGGAAGAGACCAUACAACAGCCAGUAUGAAGCCAGGGAGCCAACAGAAGAGGAGAUGGAGGCCUACAGAAUGAAACGGCAGAGACCUGAUGAUCCCAUGGCGUCUUUUCUUGGGCAGUAGUCACAGAGGGCAUCAUUCCAGUACAUGAGACUUCUUCCACAGUUAUUUACAACUGUCUAGACACUUGAUUCCUUUGCACGUGUCUAAAAUGUAUAAAUUGUGCUCCGAAGAACUUUGUGAAAGCUUCUUUCAGCUGACAUGAGCAGUCUGGUACUUCCUGGAGUUUUGUAAAUGUGUGUGUAUACAAAUACAGGCACAUAUAUAUAUACAUACAUAUCUAUAACAUAUGUAUAGAUAAAAUACAUACACCUACUCUGUAAAUUCUUGAAGGGAAGAGAUUUAACUGAAAUCUUAGGUUUAUUUGUCCAACUAAUGUAUAUAUAAAAAUUUGACCAACUAGUGCAUAAAGUUGUGAUACAGUAAAACAGACUAAUCAGAAGAAAUGGUUAGCAGGCGUCAAUGUAGAACCAAAGACUCUUGACAAAAAAUUGACACAACUAUUACUAGAGCUUCUUACUUGUGAAGCCUGUCUCUUUACUUGAAUACAUAGUUUCUUGAUAACUUUGCAGUAAGUACUUUGGAAAUAUAAUAAUUUUUACAUUUCCAAAGUACUUAUUGCAAAGUUAUUGCUUUGUUCUGGUUAAAUCAAUAUAAAGAUCUUAAGUGCUGUCUAGCCUUUUAAAUGAAAGGGUUUGGAGAAACUGACUGUAGCAUUUUUAAAUUCUAGUUGUUUCUUCAGAUAUAUUUCCACAGAAAUUUCAAUUUCAAAGAUCUGAGUUCUUGUGUUUCCUUUUGAUAACAGUGUCCUUUUACAUGGUGUGACAUGUGAGAAUGUGAAGCAGCAUCUGCUUUGGUUUGGCAGUAUUAGUCCUUAAACUGGGAGUUUUCCCCUUUUAACUAAUUAAAAGUUCAAGAACGGGGUAAAAAACUGCACAGCAUUACUUUAGAGUUGGAAGGCUUGGGAAUUACUUCUGUUGAGUCUUUCCAAGGAAAAACUGCUCUUUUCCAUAAAUAAGUACUAACAGAAAACAUA